AGAUAGAAGCAUGUUGGGAAUACGUUCGUUAUCUUUAAGAACAGUCAAGGUGCACCUUGUGCCAGCUAGGGUGUCCCGUUUGCUUGCAAAUGCGAGAAGCGCAGAAAGAGCUCAUUUAGAUAAGUUAAACAAGGAAAGAGAAGAGAGACAGAAGUUCAGAAACAGAACUGCUGCCUACUACACUGCUUCAUUAGGAGUUGUCUUUCUUUCACUUGCCUUUGCAGCUGUUCCCAUUUAUAGAGCCAUUUGUCAAAGAACCGGAUGGGGUGGUAUACCAAUUACCGAUACUACUAGAUUCACGCCCGACAAGUUGAUUCCUCUUGACACUAACAAGAGAAUCAGAAUCCAGUUCACCUGUCAAUCUUCUGGUAUCUUGCCAUGGAAGUUCACUCCUUUGCAACGUGAAGUUUAUGUAGUUCCGGGAGAAACAGCUUUGGCUUUCUACAGAGCUAAAAACAUGUCUAAGGAAGACAUAAUCGGUAUGGCCACCUAUUCGGUCACCCCAGACCAUGUGGCACCUUACUUCAACAAGAUCCAGUGUUUCUGCUUUGAAGAACAGAGAUUGAGUGCAGGAGAAGAAGUCGAUAUGCCUGUGUUCUUCUUUAUUGACCCAGAAUUUGCAAAGGAUCCAGCCAUGAGAAACAUAGACGAUGUUGUUUUGCAUUACUCCUUCUUCAAGGCAGCUUACUCCGAAGGAGAACUUGCCGCAGUUCCCGUUGCUUCCAUAGAAAUGAAAGCCACUGUUGCUUGA